AUGCUCAAGGGCAAGAUCGCUCUGGUGACUGGCGCAUCUCGCGGUAUUGGUCGUGGAAUUGCGCUGCAGCUGGGUGAAGCCGGUGCCACGGUCUACAUCACAGGAAGACCUCCGGAAAAGUCCGACAAUAGAGAAAACUCCAAGGAUCUGCACACCCUGGAAGAUACUGCCAAAGAAGUCACCGCGCGCGGUGGACAAUGCAUUCCUGUAUACUGUGACCAUUCGUUAGACGACAAUAUCAGGGAUCUUUUUAAAAGAAUUCAAGCCGAACAAAACGGAAAAUUGGACAUUUUGGUGAACAAUGCGUUCUCGGCAGUGAAGAUUUUGGUAGAAUGCGCUGGCAAAAACUUUUGGGAGGUCGAACCGGAUAUCUGGGACAAAGUGAACCAAGUCGGCCUCCGAAACCAUUACAUAUGCAUGGUUUACGCUGCCAGAAUGAUGACGCAAAGGAAAUCCGGGCUGAUCAUUUUUAUUUCGUCCAUUGGAUCCGUACGCCAUCUAUUCAGUGUUUCAUAUGGCGUUGGAAAAGCCGCGGUCGAUCGAAUGAUGCGCGACUGUGCCGAAGAACUACAGCCGUUCAACGUUACUUGUGUCAGCCUGUGGCCUGGACUUGUGAACACUGAGAUUUUCCAACAAAAUGCCGAAAAUCUUGAUGCUAGUAUUCUUCGCGAUGUUAGAGAAGGUUAUGAAAGUCUAUUCAAAUUCGCUGAAAGCACAGAAUUUUCUGGAAAAGCUGUCGUUUCUCUCGCUACAGAUCCCAAUAUAUUUCGCAAAACUGGCCAAACGCUCAUGACAGCUGAUUUGGGCGAUGAGUAUGGAUUUACCGAUGUUGAUGCGUGCGACAUCGUAAAGCUGCUGGCCUCAGAAUAUCUGGACGCCGGAUGA